AGGAAGGGCCACGUCGCCCGAAGCUCCAGCUGAUAUUGUCUGUCCUCGUCGCACCACCACCACCGGCCGGCAUGGGCCGGCACUAACACGGCACACGAGGCCCACGGCGGCCGCGCAGAAGAGGUAAAGACAGCGCCGGUGUCCGGCAACAUUCGUCAGUCUUUCGCCCCACGCCGACGCGGACGUUGAACCAGAAGCAGCAGCACGGCAUUCCCUUCCCUCGCCGCACCGAAAGGCCGCACCCGCAUCACACCACCUUCCCUCUCAGACACCCGCCACCGCGCCCCAUAGCGACGACGCCAUGGCCGUGAAGCUGACGGACGAGGACGUGCGCGCCGCCCUGGCCAGCUCGCUCGGCUGCCAGGACAUCCAGGUCGAGAGCUGGAAGCAGGUGUCGCUCAUGGAGGACGGGCGCCUCGGCUUCCUCGGCGACCACUUCAAGGUGACGGCCACGGUGCGCGUGCCCGGCGACGCCGAGGCCCGAGACGCCUCGCUGUUCGUCAAGGCCCUGCCCAGGAACCCCAUGGCCCGCGACACGGUCGCCAACUCGGGCGCGUUCAAGAAGGAGGCCCUCUUCUACAAGUACCUGUCGUCGGCCAUGACGGCCGAGCUGCGCGUGGACCGGCCGGGCUUCCAGCCCUACGUGUUCCCCCAGUGCCACGGCAUCAAGGACGACUGCCUGCUGCUCGACGACCUGGGCCGCGACGGCUUCCACGGGCUCGGCGGCCGAGAAUGCAUGCCCAUCGAGCACGCCAGGCUGGUACGUGUCGUGUGAGUGUGAGCCCUGCUCUCGCCGC